GACGGAACGGGGCGACACCACGCGGCCGUCCACCUGGCGGAUGAAACCGACGCGCGGGCCCCGUGAGGCCGUGACGUGCAGGGCCUGCCUUCAACGAUGGGAUCGAGGCGGCCUGCGUCCCGGCGAAGUGGUCAACGUCCAAACACGCACGGCGGCCGCGGGGGUGGGCGGAUCCAAGCGGCUGGCCGGACCCGGCCAACCCCACACCGUCCUGGCUGCCGCUUCCGAUCCCGUCCCGAUUCCAAGUUCAACUUCCGGUUUUCCAAAAUCCAACCCCCCGCCGCCGCCGUGGUCGUGGUCGCCACCCACCACGACUCUUCCACCCCCCGAGACCCCUCCGCCCAUUUCGAUUUCGGGCCACACGGCGGCACGGCGAGAGAUCGAUUGAAAAGCGGGAGCCGUGUUUGGCGCGACCAAGGAGCCAGGCGCCCCGGCGGCGAUGGAGCACGGCGAUCACGGCGGCCACCCGCCGCACUACCCGCCGUACCACCACCCGUACCCGCAGCCGCAGCCGCAACCGUAUCCUUACGGGUACCUGUACCCGCCGCCGCCGACCGCCGAUCCGGGAGCGCCGUACCUCGCUCCGUCGCCCACCUUCCCGGGCUACACCCCCGCGCCGCCGCAGCAGUACCACUCCGGCCCGCAACAGGCCUACCCGCCGCCGCCGCAGCACCACGCCUACCCGCCGCCGGCGCAUCCCUCGCCUUACGGCCACGGGUACGCCCCCUACCCCUCCUCCUACCCGAGCCCCAACCACAGCCCCGCGCUCUCACCCAGCUCCAGCUUCCACCACCAGCACGCCCCCGCGCCUGAACCCGCCUCCACCGCGCCUGAACCCCCCUCGCCCGCGCCCUCCGCGCCGUCCUACCCCAUCGAGGAUGUCCUCUCCACCAUGCGCCUCUCCGACCGUUACGACUACGCGCCGUCGCCCUCCGUGCCCCCGCCCUCGACCCCUUUCUCGGGCGGCGGGAUGCAGGUGGUGCCCUACGGCGCGGCCGCGGGAGGGUCGCAGCACGGCGGGAGCUUCAGGGCGUCGCUCAAGGUGGUGCUGCUCCACGGCACCCUCGACAUCUGGGUGCACGACGCCCGCCACUUGCCCAACAAGGACAUGUUCUCCAAGAGGGUCGGCGAACUCCUCGGCCCGCGCAUCACCAGCGCCGUCGGCAGCAAGAUGUCCAGCGCGUCCAUGACCAGCGACCCCUACGUCACCGUACAGGUCUCCUAUGCUACUGUCGCGCGGACCUACGUCAUCCCCAACUGCGAGAACCCCGUCUGGUCGCAGAACUUCGUCGUGCCCGUCGGGCAUGAGGCCGCCGAAGUCCAGUUUGUUGUCAAGGACAGCGAUGUCUUCGGUGCUCAGAUCAUUGGUGCGGUGGCCAUCCCCGCUGAGAAGCUUUUGACAGGGGAGAGGAUUCAGGGUGUCUACCCCGUGCUUGAGCCCAAUGGCAAGCCGUGCGCUCCGGGAGCUGUACUGCAUCUGUCCAUACAGUUCAUCCCUGUCGCUCGCCUCACAAUGUACCACCAUGGGGUCAUUGCUGGCCCGAACAGUCAUGGCGUACCCCAUACUUACUUCCCUCUUAGGCGUGGCAUGAGGGUGACACUGUAUCAAGAUGCACAUGUGCCUGAUGGUUGUCUCCCAGAUAUAUGGCUUGGCAAUGGGCUGCGCUAUGAGCACGGGCAAUGCUGGCGCGACAUCUAUGAGGCCAUAUGCCAGGCGAGGAAGUUGAUUUACAUUGUGGGGUGGUCAGUUUUCCACACGAUCCACCUUGUGAGAGACGGGACUCAGGCUCCGUCACUUGGGGACCUGUUGAAGAUGAAGUCACAGGAAGGGGUGCGUGUGCUUCUUCUUGUUUGGGAUGAUCCAACAUCAAGGAGCAUUCUUGGAUUUAAGAUGGAUGGUUUCAUGGGCACACGAGAUGAAGAGACACGCAGAUUUUUCAAGCAUUCUUCAGUGCAAGUGUUGCUUUGCCCACGAUCUGCUGGAAAACGACACAGCUGGGUGAAACAGCAGGAAACGGGAACCAUAUUUACUCAUCAUCAGAAAACAGUUAUUGUGGAUGCUGAUGCUGGCAACUAUAGAAGAAAGAUAACUGCCUUUGUCGGAGGCCUUGAUUUAUGUGGUGGGCGAUAUGAUACACCUUGGCAUCCUCUGUUUCGGACUCUUCAGACUGUGCACAAGGAGGAUUAUUACAAUCCCAACUUUGCUACAGUUGAUGCUCGUGGCCCAAGGGAACCGUGGCAUGAUUUGCACUCUAAGCUUGACGGUCCAGCUGCUUAUGAUGUUCUACAGAACUUCCAGGAACGUUGGUUAAAGGCAGCUAAACGCCAUGGGAUUAAAAAGUUGGCGAAAUCCUAUGACGAUGCUCUUCUCAGUAUUGAAAGAAUACCGGAGAUUAUAAACAUAAAUGAUGCAACAUAUUUUAGCGACAAUGAUCCAGAGACAUGGCAUGUUCAGGUGUUCCGAUCUAUUGAUUCAAAUUCCGCCAAGGGAUUUCCGAAGGAUCCACGAGCAGCAACCAUGAAGAAUCUUGUUUGUGGAAAGAAUGUACUUAUUGACAUGAGCAUACAUACUGCUUAUGUGCAUGCUAUCCGGGCAGCCCAACACUAUAUAUAUAUUGAGAAUCAGUACUUCAUUGGUUCCUCUUUUAAUUGGGAUUCAAACAAGGAUCUAGGGGCUAACAAUUUAAUACCAAUUGAAAUUGCUCUCAAAAUUGCAAACAAGAUCAAGGCAAAUGAAAGGUUUUCUGCAUAUAUAGUGGUUCCUAUGUGGCCUGAGGGUAAUCCAACUGGUGCAGCUACACAAAGAAUUCUUUACUGGCAGAACAAAACCAUGCAAAUGAUGUAUGAGACAAUAUAUAGGGCCUUGAAAGAAGCAGGCCUGGAUGAUAUGUAUGAGCCUCAGGAUUAUUUAAACUUCUUCUGUCUUGGCAACCGUGAAAUUGAGGACAGCACUUCAGAUGCAUCAAAUACAGGAAAUAAUCCUCAGGAACAAGCUAGGAAAAAUAGGAGAUUCAUGGUCUAUGUACAUUCAAAAGGCAUGAUUGUGGAUGAUGAGUAUGUGAUCAUUGGAUCAGCUAACAUCAACCAGAGGUCCAUGGAAGGAAUAAGAGAUACUGAAAUUGCAAUGGGAGCGUAUCAGCCACAGUAUACAUGGGCUAACAAGGUUUCUGCCCCGCGUGGACAGAUUUAUGGCUACAGAAUGUCCUUGUGGGCUGAGCAUAUUGGAGGCAUUGAGGAAGACUUCAACCAUCCACAGAGCCUGGAAUGCACUAGGCGGGUACGACAUCUUGGGGAAGAGAACUGGAAGCAGUUCGUUGCUGAUGAGGUGACAGAGAUGAGAGGUCACCUCAUGAAGUAUCCAGUAAGCGUUGACCGUAAAGGCAAGGUGAAACCACUACCAGGAUGCGCAACAUUCCCAGAUUUGGGCGGAAACAUCUGUGGCUCAUUUACGGCCAUUCAGGAAAACCUCACAAUAUAAAUUUUAGUAGUGCAAUUACAUAAUAGCUGAUGGCUUCUGAAGUUCUGAGGUACCCCGGAGAACAAAAUAGCGCACUAACUUAGGGUGAAAAUUUUGCAAGAGGUAUAGUAUAGGUUGCAGGCAAGUAGGGGAAAUGGUAUCAGGGCCUUUUCCUCCUCCAUGUUUUUGUCCCUUUUUCUUUAUUCUUUUAGUGCAUAUACCCAGCCAAUCAAUUUGUUACCUUUGUUUGGUACCUGUAUAGAAAAAAUUAUGGGGGUUCAUGGAUAUGACAUUUUAGAACUGCCAAGAUGUUACAUGUAAAUCCUGAAAAUUGUCUUCAUGUAAAUUGAUCCUGCAGAGUAUUUUGAAGUA